AUGUUGAUGGUUGAACACGACGUCAGUUCUAUCGUUUCCAGCACCCAGGCCUAUUACGACGGCCCUGCCGACGAAAUCUACCGCACCAUCUGGGGCGACAAUCUCCAUUUGGGCGUACCUUGCAGCGACGAAUGCUCCCACCCGGAGGCCAUGGAGCAUGCUAACGAGAUUAUGGCCGGCGCGGUCCACCUGGAAGCGGACACGCGGGUCCUGGAUUUGGGUUGCGGCUAUGGUUCGACGGCCAGAUACCUGGCGGCGAACUUCGGGUGCCCGGUAACCGGGACCAACAUCAGCGAGAAGGAACUGGACCUGGCUCGCGAACGCGCGUCUGAGGCGGGACUGACCCAUCUAUUGACCUUUGAGUACGAGGACUUCCACAGGCUGGCCUACCCGGAAGGCUCGUACGACGUAGUCUGGAGCCAGGAAGCAUUCCUACACGCGGCUGACAGGAACGCAGUACUGUCGGAAUGCCGCCGGGUGCUGAAGCCGAAUGGUUCUCUGAUUUUUACAGACAUUCUAGUAUGCCGGGACACGCCGGCUGAGGACAGGGAAAGGAUUUACGACCGGGUGAAGUCGCCUGACAUGUGGGACAUGGAAGAUUACCGGUCAGCCCUCUCCCGGCUGUAUCUUCCCGUAACCAGGGUAGAAGAUUGGUCCCAACACGUAGCUCGCUCCUACGGCUGGGUCCGGGAUCGGCUCCGAGAGAAUCGGGAAGCUCUCCUGGCGCGCAUAGGUGCGGACACCAUUGACCGUACCCUUGAGGCCCUUUCAUUCUGGGUCAAGUCGGCCAAUGCGGGCUACAUCGGCUGGGCGAUGUUUGUGGCAAAAAAACCCGUGUAG